AUGAGACAUGUGGAGUGUCCUGUUAAAUCUGAGGAUCCUGAUCCUGGUUACUCUGUAAACCCUCAGAAUGGGAACCUUGUUAUGAAAACAGAGGAAAAGCAAGCUGGUUACACUGUAUUCCAUCCUCCUGUAGUGGACUCACUGGACUCAUCAUUAAAUCCUUCUGUAGCCCCAGUUGCUGGGCAAUCAGUAAAGGUUGAGCCUGAUGAUAAAAACACUAUUGAGCUGGUUAUGGCUACUCACAAACAUAUUUCUUGGAUAGCAUUGCGAACUCGAGCGUCAUUAAAAAGAAAAAGUACUUCUCAAGGAGGGGAAUCUUCACGUAAGCGCAAAAAGACCCAUAAGAAUAUCAUCAAGUGUGAUUUGAACAUUUUAUGUACUUUUAGAACUCAUUUAAAGCUGAAACUUAGACAUCACUGCAAUACCAAACACGCCAAGGAAAAGCCCUGGAAGUGCAACAAAUGCCACUUCACAACUACCAAAAGAAGCAGCCUAGACAAGCACAACAAGUGCCACACUUCUCAUCAUCUGUAUCUGUGUGAGUUCUGUGAUUACUCCACCAUCAGUCUCAUUCAACUGGAUGCCCACAUCAAGGGACAUCCCGGAGACCAGCCAACCUACGGAUGUCCCGAGUGUGAUUUUAUUUCUUGUAUCGAAAAGAAUUUGUACCACCACUUGGGAGUAGCUCAUGCAGACAGCAGUACUGCUGAUAAUCCCUGGAAAUGUGAUAGAUGUCCUCUUGCGUUUACUUGUAAAAGAACUCUAGAGGCUCACGCCAAAUUUCAUGAUCAAGAAGAAGGUAUUGACAAGGUUAAGGAAGUGUUACCACAAGAGGGUGAGGACAAUUUAAAGUUUGAAGAAGUGCUACCAGAAGAGGUCUGCGAUGAUUUGAAGGUCCCAAAAAAGUCAUCUCGUAAGCACAAAAAGAACUUUUAUGACUGUGAAUUGUGCGAUUUUACAACACGAAAGAAACUAAGUCUCAGACAACACAUCAACGACAAACACGCCCAAGAAAAACCCUGGAAAUGCAGCAAAUGUCACUUUGCAACCGGUAGCCUAAAAACUCUUAUCUUUCACGAACAAUGUCACGGUAGUGAGAAGCAGAACACCUGUCACUUCUGUGAUUACUCCACACACAGUGCUGUACAACUAGAUGCUCACAUAAACGGACAUCCUGACGCUCGUUCCCUCAAAUGUACCGAGUGUGACUUCAGAUCUUUUGUUGCUGAACAUUUACAAGACCACUUUAAUAAAUCCCAUCCUGAAGAAGAAUUCAACAAGCCUACCAUGAAGUGGAAAUGUAAAAAGUGUGACCUGGCGUUUGCUAACAGAAAGUCCUUGAACGCUCAUGUAAAAUGCCACGACCAAGAAGCUGCACUUUAUACCUGCUCAGUUUGCCAGUUUACAGCGAGUACCACUAAACUAUUUGAUCUCCACAUGGGUGAACAUUCCGAGAAGACUCACAAGUGUCCUAAGUGCGAUUAUACAACCUAUUUUAUUGACAAAUUUAACGAACACCUCAUAACUCACCUGCAAACACAGCUAGGUAAAUCUGCAUCUUCUUCUGUCGCGAGGUCAAAUGAGAAGCUGUGGCAGUGUGGCAAGUGCGAUUAUUCUUCGGACUUUGAGUUUCUUCUCAAAAUGCACGCUCAAAUACACAUUUCGGAACAAUUGUGCAGUGAAUUAGGUAAAAAUUAA